UUGAGUUCGCCGCCAAUCAUAAUCCAGUUAGGUACCGGUAAUGUUACAUAUUCUUCCACAGUUCCCACACCAGUUAUCGAGAGUGUUCUUUACAACGAUGGCAACGAAGUAAUUUCAGGCAAUUUAUACUCAGCCAAAAUCAUACUCGAAACAGGCUUAAAUAUUACAAAGACAUAUUAUCUCUUUGCAACAGAAAGCAACGCUUCCAGCGCCUCUGUCACUAGCGUCAAAACAUCACAAAAUGUUAGCACUGCAACAGCCGUAGCAAGCACGAACAAGACAGAAUGGACUUUCAAAGUUAACGCUCCAGAGGAUCAUAAUAAGACAAAGUUACUUGUUGUUGUUGAGUUCGCCGCCAAUCAUACAUCCGAGUUAGGUACCGGCAAUGUUACAUAUUCUCUUGGAAAGUCUCCAUAUUUAUCUGCGCCAACUGUUGUUGCUGAAAAUCAUACAGGACCAUUCAAGGCCGGUGAAUAUAUUCCAGUUAAAGUUACAUUACAACACUUUGAGGCAAAGACAGGAAACUUCCAAUAUAGAUUCUAUGCAGAUCAGAAAUGGAUAGAUCUCCCAGACGACAAUGUAACUGAAGUAGAAACCCCAUCUGCAAUUAAGAAAUUACAUGCCGACGAAGGCAAAACAUAUCUACUCAACAUUCCAGCUCCAAAGUAUGAAGAUAUCAAAGAAGAUGGGAAAGUUAAACUUCAAAUUAGGUUAGCUGGAUCCAAAGAUCAAGCUCAAUCCAAUAUCAUUGAAACAGAGGUUUCACUUCAGAAACAACAAUACGUUGCACCAAGCCCUGAUGAUUCCAAGCCAACUCCAACACCUGAAAAUAGUGGACUUACUGGUGGACAGAAGGCUGGUAUUGUUAUUGGCGUUCUUCUUGCUGUUAUCCUUAUUAUUCUCAUCAUCUACUUCGUUUUCUGCAGGAAACCAUCUAAAGAUAAAUCAUCAUCUGAUAUCCAAGAUGAUUCCGGCUCCGGUGUUAAUGUGUAA